ACCGAAGAAGAAGAAGAAGAAGAAGAAGAAAAACUAAUCCUCUCUGGUUAUAGCAAGUAUUCAAUCAAGCCAGGAAAAGAUGGCAAACCGAGUCCUUCAUAAGGUGGGCAACGGCCUAAAACAGAUGAGAAACGGAGUCCAGACGAACGGACAAGUCAUACUUACAAUCAGGAGUCUAUCAGCGUCCACCAAUAGGAACCGCGAGGACAGCUGGUUCAAGUCUCUGUUCGUCAGGAAGGUCGACCCCAGAAAGGAUGCCCACUCUCAACUACUGGCUAAGAAGGAAGACACCAACCUCUACAAAAUACAGUUUCACAAUGUCAAGCCCGAGUGCCUUGAUGCUUACAACAAACUUUGUGAGGAGGUUCUGCCCUCCAUCAACGCUGACUCUCAUUACCCCUGUGAGCUGAUUGGCACCUGGAACACAUGGUAUGGAGAGCAGGACCAGGCAGUUCACCUGUGGCGAUAUCAGGGAGGCUACCCAGCCCUGACAGAGGUCAUGAACAAACUCCGGCAGAAUAAGGAGUUCAUGGAGUACAGGAAUGAGCGGGGGAAGAUGUUGCUGUCUCGUCGUAACCAGCUGCUCCUGGAGUUCAGCUUCUGGAACGAGCCCGCCCCCCGCCCAGGGCCCAACAUCUAUGAGCUUCGCUCAUAUCAACUCAGGCCUGGAACUAUGAUUGAGUGGGGAAACUACUGGGCUCGGGCCAUAGAGUUCCGUCAGCAGAACAGUGAGGCUGUGGGAGGGUUCUUCUCGCAGAUCGGCAGCCUCUACAUGGUACAUCACCUCUGGGCCUACAAAGACCUCCAGUCGAGAGAAGACACCAGGAACGCAGCUUGGCAACAUGAAGGCUGGGAUGAGGUUGUCUAUUACACAGUUCCGCUGAUCCAGCACAUGGAGUCCAGAAUAAUGAUUCCCAUGAAGACCUCCCCUCUGAAGUAACCCCUGCCAGCACCCAGGGGAGAUCCCGACUACCAAGCCCACCACCACACUGAUAUGUAGACGACGUAACUGACCAACAGUGUGCUCUCACUGUACUUCCAGGAGUUUCGGCAAUGACACCAACAUGCUUGACACUCCUGCUUUCACUUUGCUAUCUUUGUUGUUGUCGUCUUUCCUGUUGUCGGCAUCAAAUGUCUUAUUUCGGUUCAAAUGACACGCGUACAGAAUGUAGAUAGUAGGACUCUAACCAGACUUGGAGCUUUUAUUAUCAUUAAUUGUAAAUGACUAGUUGGACUGUGACUCUCCCAUACUGCUAGACAGGGGGACGGUUUCUCAAUGUAUCACAUGUGAAAUCCAGUGCUUUAUUAAGAGUAGUUGUACAUAUUGAAUUAAACUUCUGAUGAAAGAUAA